UGCCAGGGACUAAUGCCACAUGCACAACACAACCAAGACCUGUCAGCUGGUACACAAACAGGGACUGGGGAAUGUUCCGGGAAUGGUAUGGCAGAGCACCGAGAGGGGUUCUCUCUGCCAUAUGUGUCGUCCUAUAGGUUCUCUACACAGGAAGUCCACCUCUGUUCCCACACAUGCCUUCAGAAGGAAUGAGUGUACAUACCAUUGAUAUGUUAUUAC